AUGGUGAAAGAGAUCAAAGAGUUUGGUUCAUGGUCUGAGCAAACUAGCUCUUCAGGUCGAAAAUAUUUCUACAAUCGUGAUACUGAGGUCUCCCAAUGGGAGAAACCUAAGGAGUGGCGUGAAUACGAGCUCCGACUUGCAGAGCAGGAGCGUCUGUCUGCCGAACAAGAAAGGAUACAGCAGCAAAUACAACAACACCACCCUGUGGUUCCACCUCCGCCGAUGUUCAUGACACCUCCUCCUUUCGCUUUUCCGCCUCCUUUUGCUCCUCCCGGGUUUCCUGUUGGACCAAUGAGUGCGCCUCCCCCACCCUUUCCACCAUACAACCAAUUUCAACCACCUCCAAAUAUUCCAUAUCCGAUUCCACCACGAAUCAGUACUACAAUUAGUGCCUCGAUCAAUACUUCUUUUCCACCACCACCACAUCCACCAGCGGCGCCGUCUCCUCGUGUGACGCAGAGUCUCCCGCCACCACUCAUACCACCAAUAGUAAAUGUGACCUCAAUUCCUCCGACACCACAUGUAAGUGCACACUUCUCGCCAAUUCAGUACACUGCUCCACCCCCUGGUACAGGUGCACCGCCUCUUCUUCAUCCACUCAACCCACCAAUUCCGGCCCCUCCACCUGCGUUUGCUGCAAUCCCUCCUCCGUCAACUUCUGCUUCGCAUCACGCGCCUCAUCUGAAUCGUGUUCAACGAUCUCCACAAACUCCACAACCAUCCCAUCAACAGUAUCAUUCCCAACCCUCUUCUCAUCAACCACUAUCAAGAGACCGUUCGCAUAUGGAUAAUUCACCUAGAGCAACGCCACCGUCGUCACAACAGCCGUCACGACACGGCUCUGUUCCGCCAUCAACCUCUCAACAGGCAUCAGUAUCACAAGCAAACGUGGAAUCGGUGCCAGUAGUGAAGAAAGAACCUCGCGAAAAAGCAGCAGAUGAGGUCAACGAUCGAGGAACUCCUAAUCGAAAUCGUCCCACAACUGAUACCUCUAAUCGCGCCGGUCCGUUAAAGAGGGAGCGUGCAAGCAGUGAUGCUGGUGAUGAGAUGGUACCAUCGGCAACGACAGAAGUAGAGGAGAAGAAGCCACCUUCAAAAGAAGAAGACGCUGUUACGUCAUGGCGAACAUUCUACAAUGCGGAACUUGCACGCCAAAAAGAGAUUGAGCUGAAUUUAGAUAUCGAUCCAGAAAUGCGAGAUCUCGUAGCGCAGUCGCUGACAUUGGAAAACAAACUGGUGGCUGAACUCAUCAAAAUGAAAACAGCCGCUGCGUUGGUAGCUGUUCAGGAGAAUGAAGUUUGUAUAUGUAAUGCGAAAAUUCAAAGUUUACGAGAACUUAGGCAUGAUCUUGAAAGUCGGCAAUCUCGUCUCAUGGCUCCGGCGGUCGUUACUAUGCCUGAUCUGAAUUCGAGAGCUUGA